AUGAAGGUUCAUCAGAGCGCACCAACUCCUGACCCAGCAAGGAUCUUAUCUCCAACUAUCCAACAUUCCGAGCGCGCAAGCCUCUCUCCACCGUCCAGCGGUUCACCAGACACUGUAGUCGCGCAUACGACAGCAUCGUUUAUCACAAAUCUAGCAGCAUCUACCGCGACACCGUCAGCUAUGACUAUGCCCAGCUAUCUUCCUACCGCCCAUGACUUCAGGCCGACCCAAGCCUCGGGAUCAGCAUACAACUCGAACAUGUAUGACGUCCCUCGAUAUGCCCUCUCAGUGUUCCCAUCUCCUACUGUAUGCGUCAAGAUUCGGCGCCUGCCGCUGAAUACCACAGAGGAGAGCCUGAGACUCAUGGCCUUUUUCUCACAAGAACUCGUUGAUGCAGAGGUACUCCCUGUGGAACAAUCAGAAGACUCCGGGUUCUGCUCAGCUCACAUGCGAUUCCGAUCAAUGGAGGGCGCACAGCAGGCCAAAACUAUGCUUGAUGGCCGUUUGAACAUCUCCAACGAUGCCAAGAUGAUUGUCGAAAUUAAGUCUGAUACCUCCCCAUUCUCGCAGCGAUAUUCCACAGAUCCCUUGUCGGCGAAUAAUUCGGGCUCACCAGCUUCGGCUGCGUCAGCAUCAUCUGCAAUUGGGUCAGACAAGCCACGCUUACACCGGGCACGAACUUCCCAGGCCAACGAAUGUUGA